UGUGCCCUACAUCCCCAAAAUGAAACGCAGAGAGAUAGAGAGAGAGUGAGUGAGAGAGAUGGCGAAGGGCAACCAAAUGGCAGAUACAAGCAGAAAGAAAGGGGCGAAAAUGGAAGAUAAGGUUCAGAUUCACAGCAAUAAUGGCAAGAACAACAACACCAAGAAGAAGAAGAAGACUAAUACAAGUAAUGGCACGGACAAUGAUAACAAGGACGAACCGGAAGUUCUCGUUGUAUCGGAUUCGAGUGUCGAUUCCAAAAACAAUGACGGAGACGAAGUAGAUGAAGCUCUUCAAGUUCAAGACACCGACGAAGAUGAGGAGGAAGAUGAAGAAGAAGAUGCGAAGAGCAGUGGAAUCACGAAUCAGCGCAUCAACAAAGCCAAAAAUGGCGAUGAAAAAGAGAAAAACGGCGCGACAAAGAAGAAGAAGAAGAGUAAGUAUGGCAAAAAUAAGAAGAAUGAGAGUAGUAGUGAUGUUUCUCAUUGCUUUCCGAUGAAUCGAAUCAGUCGGAUCGUGAAGAGCGAGGAUCCUGAUAUUCGAAUCAGUCAAGAGGCCGUCUUUCUCAUCAACAAAGCUUCGGAGAAGUUUCUUGAAGUAUUCUGUAAGGAUGCAUAUGCUUGUGCUUUUCUGGAUCAUAAGAGCCAAGUUUGGUACAAGCACCUAUCCUCGGUUGUUAGCAAGCGAAGGAGAUUUGAUUUUCUUGCAGACUUGGCAUGUUUUAUUACUGCUUAUGCUUUUUAGAUUUUGUUCCUGAGAAAGUGAAAGCCGAGGAUACCUCAGCAGACGUGUCAAUAGCUGAAACAUGACAAAGCUGGGAACCUGUAGUUGCCUCACCGGAACAAAUCACGGGGUUAGCCUGUUCAUAGAUCUUGCCAACUGGAUGAGUAUGUUGCAACUCUUACUGGCUAAGCAAAUGAAUUUGUAUCGGUAUAUGUCAUAUCCCCUUAAAUGCUUGUCCAGCAUAUGUUCAUGAUGUGUCCAUGGUUGUAUGUACAUUGAAGGGAUGUUGCAGAUUCCAACUGAAAUUUCGAUUACUGUGGUAAGGGAUGGCAGUAAAUGUACAAUUGUUUUCUUGUUAUUUAAUCAUAUAUCAUAAGAGGAUUUUGAGGAAGUCAAUA